UGCGCAUCCAUCGUGCGGUGGCGGUGCUCCGUGUCCGCAGUGGCGUUCUGUGCAAGUGUAUUGUAUGUCAAUUGCGCCUGCCGCAGUUGUGUGCCAUUACAAGGAUCAGUCUGAAUCAUGACGGCUGUACCAAACCCCAGCAGCACUCAGAUACUUCCCUUGGAGCUCGUGGACAAGUGCAUUGGCUCCCGGCUACACAUCAUUAUGAAGAACGACAAGGAGAUCGUGGGCACACUGUGCGGCUUUGAUGACUUUGUCAACAUGGUGCUGGAGGACGUGACGGAGUACGAGAGCACGCCCGAGGGCCGGCGCAUCACCAAGCUGGAGACCAUCCUGCUCAAUGGCAACAACAUCACCAUGCUGGUGCCUGGUGGUGAGAUGCCCGACAACUAAGAAACUCCUGGUGCGCUGGUGUAUUAUGUUGCAUCGAGUCAUGUGUGCACACCC